AAAGAUAAAGCAAAAAAGAAAAAGGCUGGGCAUCUUCCCAGAAAAGAGAUGAGAGUGGAAAUGUACAGUAAGAAAAUACUUAGAUAUUGUGGAAUAUAGUUCAAUUACUCAAUUAGCUUUCUUUGUUUAUCCGAGGUGCCUCUCUUCCCUUGCAGUUAAUGGCCUCUUCUUCUUCUUCUUCUUCUUCCAUCACUCCUAAAAUAGAGUAUGAGGUUUUCCUUAGUUUCUGUGGUGUGGACACCCGGAAAAAGAUUACCAGCCAUCUAUAUGAAGCCUUUUGUCAGAAAAAAAUUAAAACUUUCAUUGAUGAUAAUCUUAUCAGAGGAGAAGAAAUUUCUCCAUCUCUCUUGAAGGCAAUUGAACAUUCAAAGAUCUCGGUUAUCAUUUUCUCUAAAGGCUACCCUGCCUCUAGAUGGUGUCUCAAAGAACUUGAAGAGAUAGUUAAAUGUAAGAACAAGUAUGAUCAGAUCGUAAUACCGGUCUUCUAUGAAGUAGAUCCAUCUAAUGUCAGGAAUCAAACGGGGAUUUUGGGAUUGCAUUUGGUGAGCUGGGAAAGCGUUUUAUGGAUGAUUUGGAGAUGUUGCAGAGAUGGAGGACUGCUUUGAGGGAUGCAGCCAACCUAUCUGGUUUUGAUUCAAAGAACUACAGAAACUUGUUAAUUUGAAACAUAUUGAUCUCAGUCACUCUAAGCGUCUAUGCAGAAUGCCAGAUUUUUCACUUAUCCCAAAUCUUGAGAGCUUGAUUCUGGAAGAUUGUACAAAUUUGCUUGAGAGUUUCUCAUCUAUUCAUAAUCUCCAUAAACUUGUUAUCCUAAAUCUACGAGGCUGCAAAGGCUUUGAUAAUCUUCCAAUCAGUGUUUAUUGGAAAUCUCUUCAAGAAGUUAAUCUCUCCAAUUGCUCAAAUCUCAAGACAGUUCCAUAUCUCCCCUGUACAGUUGAAGAGUUAUAUCUGAAUGGAACUUCAAUAAAAGAAUUGCUAUCAAUAGAGCAUCUAUAUAGACUAGUAAAAUUGAGUCUUAGAAAAUGCUCAAGGCUUGAGAGGUUACCUGAGAGUAUUCGUGAGUUGAAAUCUCUUAAAUGUCUUUAUCUCUCGGGUUGUACCAAACUUAACAGAUUGCCGAAUGACCUGGGAACUUUAAUGACCUUGGAGGAACUUGAACUAGAGGAAAUUGCUUUAGCAAAUAUACCAACAUUUGUAACAAGUUUGAUCAACCUUAAGACAUUGUCUUUUGCAAAAUGUAAGAUGCAAAACCGAUCAAGUAUCCCACUCAUCCAUUUAUCAGUCUUCCAAAAGAUGACAAAGCUAAACUUGGUUGAUUGUUGCAUCAAAGUUUUACCUAACAAUAUUGGUGAAUUACUCUCAUUAGAAUAUUUAUAUCUUGAUCAAAACAAGUUUGAGAGCUUGCCUGUGAGCAUCAAAGACCUUUCUAAGUUGCGAGAGCUUUAUAUAAGAAAUUGUCAGAGUCUUAAAUCUUUAUCAGAGCUUCCAAGCAACUUACUACGUAUGGAAGCAAAGAAUUGCAUAUCUCUUGAAUCAAUAUCAGGUUUACUAGCCAUAUUCCUAAGUAUGCCGGAUUCAAUGGAAGGAAUCGACUUCAUCAAUUGUUUCAAACUAAAAUUUGAUGUGACAGAUGCUCUCUUAAAUAUUGAGAGAAAUGCAGAUGUGUGGUAUCGCCUUAUAGACAACAAAACACGAGCGACAACUUCUCUUGCAAAAGCCUGCAUAUGUUACCCUGGAAGUGAAAUUCCAAAGUGGUUUGCCUUACAAAGUAAUACAUCUUUCAUAGAGUUUCCAGCUGGUUGGUUGAAUGAUAACUUAAUUGGUUUUGGUUUGUGUGUUGUUGUAUCAUUACAAGACUAUCAACAACUUAGAAUUAUCCGAGUUGGAUUUAGUCUGGUUGUUAAUGAAGAGAUCAUUUCCUCUGGCCGAUUAUUCAUAUCAGAAGGAUUAAAGGGUGAGGUUAUUGAAUCAGAUCAUGUAUUUGUAGGUUAUGAUUAUAGUAUCAUGUCCUUGCAAUUGCUUACACUUAAUUUGAAUAGCGAGGGUAGCAUUGUGUUCUUUGUUGAACAUGUAACUAAGAAUGACAAUGUUAUAUCCUUCGUUAAUAAAUGUGGAGUGACUUUUUUGUAUGCCAAAGAUGAUGAUUUGAGAAGAGAUGUAAGAGUGGAUAGAGACAAGAGAUUGAAAACUAUAAAUUGCUCUAUCAAUGACUGUUUGAAGUGUUGUCUAAAUUGUUGCGAGGAGCAUGACCAAUGGGGGAGUUUACAAGGAUCGUACGAAAUUUUAAAUAGAUGGUCUCCUCAUUCAGAAAUAUACAAGCAAUGGAUGAUACACGAACUAAUAUGUUCUGAGCUUAAGAAAUAUAUUGUGUACAAUUGAAGCUUGAAGGUUGAAAUGUUCAUACA